AUGACAGGCAUAAUGUCGGCUUCUAUUUUUCUUUCUAGUCUGAAAAUCCUACAGCUUUUGAAGGUAAGGACUUGGGACUUCGAGUUAUUAAGCAGACUCAUUUCUGGUUGCCCUGUUCUGGAGACUCUUCAUUUAGAGAAUUGCUCUUACAAGAUGUGGGAUGGCGAUCAAGUACUCAUUGCUUCCAUUCCAUCCUUGAAGAACUUGACGAUUAUCAACAAUGAUGGAAGGCUACAUUGUCCCAUUGAAAUGGAAGCGCCAAAUCUUGAGCAUCUUUAUCAUCUGAAUUUUGGGGAGUUACAGUUUAUGGGUAGUAGUAGUAGUCCAUUGUCAUGCGUUCACUCGGCAUGGGUUGAUACUCCUGUUUAUGAGGAAACCUGGGUUGAUGUUGAUGAUCAGUAUGGAAGACCGCCUUGA